GCGCGGGGCGCGAUGACCCUGGUCGGGGGCGGCAGUCCUGGAGAAAGUCCGGGGCGGGGACACGGGGCCCGCACGACCUAGGCCCCGAGUGACCCCUGGGCGAGAGCCCGGAAGCCUUGAGCGGAACGACCCCUGAGCUGGGCUGGAGGACCGGGCGGGGCGACCCCAGGGUUGGAGUCCGGGCACACGGGUCCCUGGCGCGGAAUCGGGUUGUGGGAUUCCCCGGCGCGGAGCGGGGCGCGGGUGUCGGUGGCGCGCCAGGAUCCCCGGGCGCGGGUCUCGUUCCCCCUACUCCGUCCCCAGCCCCGCGGCUCCGGGCGGUUGUUACCCUGGGGAGCGGGCAACCGGCCGGGCCAGACUCGCUAGUCCUGAGUCAGGGGCCUUCGCGGCCGGGGCGCAGACCUGCUCAGGGUCGCCUGCUCUCGGGGCCGGAUCGGCGGGCCAAGUGAUGGUGGUGGGCGCGCAGGUGAGCGAGGUACUUUCUGGGGACUCCGGACCUUCGGGGCUCCCAGCCAUGCAGCAGCUGAUCCUGUCCGAGCCGGACCACCCCAGGCCCGAGGGGGAGCUGCUGCCAUGCCUCCGCUCCGCGCCCCCCCAGCCACAGCCAAGCACACGGCCCUGACCCCGGGCGUCGGCAGCAGCCCCCAGAGGAGCCGUUUCCCGGGUCAGCCAGGCUGCCCCCGGCCCUGAGAGCUGGCCCCCAGACUAUGCCAUCCAAGUUGGUGAGCUUGGGGCAUUCAGAGACCGCCCCCCAGCAGCCCACUGCCCAGGGGUGUCUGCGUCCUGAAGACAGCAUGCUCAAGGGACUGCUUCCGAACAGUGAUGAAGAGCCUGUCCCCUGCCUGGGGUCCCCGGCUGCUGGCGACCGUCGGGGACCCGAGAGGAGCCCAGAGCUCCCCCUGGAUACCCCAGAGCAAGUCAGUAACGAGGACCCACAGGCCCAAGCAAGACCCUUUACCCCAAAGCCGCCGCCCCCGAGGCCCAGGCUGGAGCGGGCGCUGUCCCUGGAUGAGAAGGGCUGGAGAAAGAGGCGUUUUCGAACCAGCCGCGAGGACCUGACUGUGCGGAAUGGGGCCAGCCCCUCGGGGGGCUCCCUGCAGGACGAGGCCCCCGGGACCCCCGCCCGCAGUGGCUCCCCGCCCUGCCUGAGCGCCUCCCUGCAGGAGAUCCCCACAGCUCGCGGGGCCCCGGGCAGCGGGGGGCCCUCCUCAUGGGGAAACUGUCUUUCUGGGAUGAUCAGCACGUCCCUGGACCUGCUGCACCGGGAAGGGGCCUCAGCUGGGAGCACCCCUCGGCUGGCCAGUCUGCUUUCCCCGCGCCCGCUGCCCGCCAUGGCCCGCAACAUGGCCUCCGAAGGCCUGCGGACGGCGAACAAGGUGGACCCAGAUCACGCCGACUACAAGCUCCGGCUGCAGGCCAGGCUGUUCCGGGUGCACAGCAGCCUGGGCCCUGGCCGGCCCCCAAGCCCCCUGGCCUAUGACGACUGUUCCCUUCACUCGUCCAGGUCCACCUUCAGCCUCCUGGCGCCCAUCCGUGCCAAGGACGUCCGGAGCAGUCUGGCCCGUCUCCGCAGGAGCUACCUGGAGGGGAGCCUGCUGGGGAGUGGGGCCCUGAUGGGGGCAGAUGAGCUGGCCCGUUACUUCCCGGACCGGAUCGUGGCCCUGUUCGUGGCCACGUGGAACAUGCAGGGCCAGAAGGAGCUGCCCCCGAACCUGGACGAGCUCCUGCUGCCGGCCGAGGCUGAGCUGGCCCAGGACCUGUAUGUUGUGGGCGUCCAGGAGGGCUGCUCUGACAGGCGGGAGUGGGAGGUGCGGCUGCAGGAGACGCUGGGCCCGCACUACGUCAUGCUGUACUCGGCAGCCCACGGCGCGCUCUACAUGGCCGUGCUCAUCCGCAGGGACCUCAUCUGGUUCUGCUCAGAGGUGGAGAGCUCCACGGUGACCACCCGCAUCGUGUCCCAGAUCAAGACCAAGGGGGCCCUGGGCGUCAGCUUCACCUUCUUUGGCACCUCCCUGCUCUUCAUCACGUCCCACUUCACCUCCGGAGACGGGAAGGUGGGCGAGCGGCUGGUGGACUACAGCAAGACUGUGCAGGGCCUGGCCCUGCCCAAGAACGUGCCGGACACGAGCCCCUACCGCUCUGACGCUGCGGACGUCACCACCCGCUUCGAUGAGGUCUUCUGGUUUGGGGACUUCAACUUCCGCCUGAGUGGGGGGCGGGCGGCCGUGGAGGCCAUCCUGAAGCAGGACCUUGGCUCCAGCGUGCAGGCCCUGCUGCAGCACGACCAGCUCACCCGCGAGAUGCAGAGAGGGUCCAUCUUCAAGGGCUUCCAGGAGCCGGACAUCCACUUCCUGCCGUCAUACAAGUUCGAUGUCGGGAAGGACUCGUAUGACACCACCUCCAAGCAGAGGACCCCGUCCUACACGGACCGCAUCCUAUACAGGAGCCGCCACCAGGGUGACAUCUGCCCCGUCAAGUACUCCUCCUGCCCCGGUGUCAGGACGUCCGACCACCGCCCCGUGUACGGCCUGUUCCGGGUCAAAGUGAAGCCAGGGAGAGACAACAUCCCACUUGCUGCUGGCAAGUUCGACCGGGACCUGUACCUGCUGGGAAUCAAGAGACGCAUCUCCAGAGAGAUCCAGAGGCAGCAGGCACUCAAGAGCCAGCACGCCAGCGCCAUCUGCACCGUCUCCUGAGGCCUCCUGAGGAGGCCCCAGGGACGGGCCAUUCCCGGAACAGAACCAGCGUGUCCCCGCGGAGCCCCCGCUCAGGCUGACCUCCCCGCACCGUGGCGGCUGUCAGCGGCAGAAGGACCGCGUCGGGCUGGCUGAGCGCAGGUCCCAGGCCCUGCGGGCAGGCGCCCUAACCUCCCGUGUCAGGUGAUGACGUGUGCACAUCCAGGCUCACCAUUAGCAACACCGCCCCCCCCCCAGCCCAGACCAAGAGCGGCCCUUCUGGCACCCAGUGGCGGGCAGGGGGCGCUGCUGGGAACCAGGAGGGCCAGCGCCGCUCAGGCCCACAGACUGUCUUGCUGUCCUCCCCCAGCAGUUGGGUCCAUCUGCUGAGGUCAUGUCGACCCAGAGCAGCAGCAGCGUGAGGGACGCACUUCCAGUCUGGAGCAGCCGCUGGAAGUGUGGGGUGUCGCCACUUUGCUGGCCGAGGCCACCCCGCCGAUGUCUUUUCUUAAAGGGGUUUAGAGCCUGUUGCCGCCUUGUGGCUUGCCCCCUCUUAAAAAAAAAAAAAAAAGCAUAGGCUUUGAAUGUGGGAAAAUCUAGGGGCAUUCAAUCUAGUCUUUUAAAUUAUUUAUUUUUCCAUAUUUAUAUUUUUAAAUAAAUGCAUAUAUUGAAUCUUAAGCUCUUUCUGGCCAAAGAUUGGGUCCUAGAAAGACCAGUCUUCACACCUGUGCUCGUGAGGCUCCUGCAAGCACAGGCUGUGCCUGAGGAGGGGGCUCGGCCUCACCUGGCCCCGUCCUGCCGUUUGCACCCACGCACGGCCCCAGGUAAGUGUUCUCGACAGAUCCUGUUGAGCGAUAUUAAGUCACUUCCAACCAAUAUUGUAUCCAACUUUCAUUAGCCUCAGCUUCCAAAAUGUGUCUCCAUGUCAAAGUGAUACACACCCAGUAUUUUGAUACAAAUUCAGAAAAUUCCAUGAAUGAGAAUGCACAGCCUAUCCCAUCUGAUUUCUGGAAACUCUUCAGACUGGAUGUAUAAAAUUUUGAUGAAUGUACCAUUAAGCUUUGAACCAAUUAACAGGAAGUCUCUUGUUACAGAUCUUUGUGAUAAAGGGGGUCACAAUGAGUAGGGUUUUAUGGAUUCUUUCUUGGCAUUUUCUCUGAGAAAUGAUGGAAAAAUUAGUGACGUUGAUAUGAAUUAGUUUUGCUUGAGACUGAGCUUCAUGUCCUGAGCUGGGAGUGGGGGGCAGGUCACUGCACACAUCUCAUGGGUCCACAGUGAAGCGGUAUAUUUUAUGUAACCAAUUAGACUUUCGUGAAUGGGAUUUUACUUGGAAAGUUAGGUUGAAAUUCAAAUUAAUGAAAAUGAAAUUCACCAGGGUCUACAAAAUAAGCUUCAUAAAGAACUGAAAUAUAA